AUGUUUAAAUCAAUUUUUCGUUUGAAACCUGCCAAUGCUCGCUUCUUCUCAAGCGAGACAGGCGCAUCUACCGCAGCAGCAUCCAAUUGGGCUCCAAAGAAGCGAGUAUCGCGGCCUACUAUGGAGAAGAUCCGUGCUUUGGCGGCCACUCAACCUGAAGUCUAUAAUGCAGUAACAUUAUCAAAAGAGUUCAAGCUUUCAGUUGAAGGCAUCAGAAGAAUCUUGAAAUCCAAGUACGUUCCUGAAGCACAAGAUGGCGAGAGACAGGAGAGAAAUCGAUAUGAAGCCAUGGGCGAGCGCAGAAAGGAAUUUAAAAAGACAUACAACAUCCCUGAAGGGAAUCCCAAGAAGUUUUGGGAUAAUAAGACGAAUGGUAAGGUACAAGACAUCUCGACAAAAAGACAAGAAAGAAGCACCAGCGGCAACAAAUGGUCAAAUGAUGUGUACAAUAAGAGAAGAUCUUUUGACGACGAUGAAAGCAAUCUUGGCUACAGAAGGUCUUCAAGGUUUAGCCGUGAAAUUGAGCAACAGGGCAGAGGGGCCUACAAUGGCGAUCGCCAGAGAUCAUAUAGCAAUGAACGAGUGCCUUUCAAAAAAUCUUUCGAUAAUGAGGAUAUAGAAUCUUUCAACAAAAAUUUCAAAGGAUCAAACGGCGAAAGAGGAUCAUUUACAAGACAUUACAAUAAUGAAGACAGAAGAUCAUUCAGAAGAAAUUACAAUAACGAGGACAAAAAAUCACAAAACAGAGGCAGCUAUGCAAAUGAAAGAAGACAGCCUUUUGAAAAAGAAAACGACGUAGAAAGACGAUCUUUUAACAGACGUUUUGAUGGAUCCGAUGGAGACAGACGAUCAUUUAAAAAAGACGACAACAAUGCAUAUUACAACAGAGAGGGCUCCUAUGGUGAAAAAAAAUCAUUUAAAAGAGAAAACGAUAGUGAAAGAAGACCCAAUCGAUUCAAUGAUGAAAAGCCUUUCAGAAGCCACAAAAAUCAACAGAACAGAAGACCAUUUAAUCGUCAAGCUAGUUGGGACGAUAAUCAGGAUAAUGCGGCAGGUGAUCGUGGAUUUAAGAGCGAUUGA